CAGACGAGUAGCGAGCACUGCCGCGUUCAACUGUGCGGAGAAAUGACGGCUGUUUGGAAACGAAGAGUCGACUGGGUGUCAGCACUUCGCUAGAUUAAGAUGCCGAUUAGAUCAUGCUUCAUGAGAUACCAACUGGAUUAGGUUCAACACUGUGCUUGUGGAUUCAUUGCCCUUCUGUCUGCUUCCAGGACCUUUGAAGUAGGUGCAAAUGCCACACACUUAAAGCUUAAUAGUCAAGUCUGCUUCGUCUCACAGGAUAGUGAGAAAAUCUGAUUGCAAUGGGAAACCAGCUGACGGAGAUGGCUCCCAACACAUCGUUUUUGCCUACUUUUCACUCCCUCCAUGUAGUGGUCAUUGGUUUGGAUUCAGCAGGCAAAACUUCUCUGCUUUACCGACUCAAAUUGAAGGAGUUUGUCAAAACUAUUCCGACCAAGGGUUUCAACAUGGAGAAGAUCAAAAUGCCAGUGGGAAAUGGACGAGCCAUUACUUUCCAGGUGUGGGACGUGGGGGGUCAGGACAAACUUCGGCCACUGUGGAAGUCAUACACACGGCGCACUGAUGGCAUGGUUUUCGUUGUAGACUCUGCUGAAGCAGAGCGUAUGGAGGAGGCCAAGGUGGAGCUUCAUAAAAUCACACGCACGUCAGAAAACCAGGGUGUGCCUGUGCUUGUGUUGGCCAACAAACAGGAUCUUCCGGUUGCCCUGCCUGUUAGUGAGGUGGAGAAGAUUUUGGCUGUGCAUGAACUGAGCACUAAUACCUUUCACCAUGUGCAAGGCUGCAGUGCUGUGGAUGGCCAAGGCCUUCAGCAGGGACUAGAGAAACUGUAUGAGAUGAUCCUAAAAAGAAAAAAGGUGGUAAGGCACAGUAAGAAAAAGAGAUAAGGAGCUUAAGGAGCCCCACCCACCCACCACCUGAAGGCACAGCUAUCUUACUUGCAAACCUCCACAGAGUUUUCUGCGCCAUCGCAGGAUUUUUCUGGAAACUAAGAAAUCCUUUCGGAUGGCCUUGGAGUCAAAAUGGUUUUGACCUUUAUCUAUCACACAGUAUUGGGCUGCUUUUCAUAUUAGUUUAUGUGCACCUGUGGUUUAUAUUUAAAGACUGCGACAGUUUGGAAAAGGCUAAAAUCAACAGAAUUUAGGCCCAUGCCUUUUGUUCAUGUGCAUUUCCUCAAGUAAGGAAAGAGACUGAAUUUAAGACUAUGACUUGGCAAAACUUUGGUUUGCUGUUAGAGCCUAUUUACAAAACUAUGUUAUUUCAGUAAAAAUGCCAUAUUAAUAAUUGUAUUUAGCUAGUUGGAAAAAUUAAUAUUUGACACACAAAUCUAUUCACAACUCUAAUGAAGUUUAGUAAAUAUUGUUUUUGCAUUCUGUAAAUAGUUUUUUUUGUAAUGUUAAUGAAUGAAUAAAUUAUGGAUGGCUUUGACACAAGACAUGCAUAGAUGACAUAUUUAUCUUUGUGAGACUAUAAUUGCUUAUUAAGACAUUAAGAAAUUAUUGUAUGAAACAUUUUAGGAUAAAUAGUUUGUUUGUUGCAUUUAGAAUUAUAUACUAGCUUCUGGCUCAAAGGUAACUCUGAAUUACUUUACUUUUACUUCUCUUUAUAUGCAGAUUUCUUUUAGUCAAUAGACCUUUUGUGUGCACAUAUAUCAUUUUUGAACAGUGCCUUCAGUGAGGAACUUCAUCCAGAUUAAAACAUCUAACAGAUUAUUCCUAAAUGCACUUGAGUCCCUAAGCAGAAUAACGAUAUAGAAAUAGCAGUUGUCCCAAAUUUAUUUUCAUAUACAAUGCUGGUACUAAUGUCACUGCUGGCCUGUAAGUGUGUUUUAAAAAUGCCCUAAAGGAUCCGUAAAGGAUAUUUAGAGUGACCUUAAGACUAAAAGCAAUAUUUUUUAAACGCUUACUGUAUAAAUGACAAUAAAACAAAUGCACUAGUUAAAGAUUGUAAAUGAAGUCAGCAUUGUCUUAAAAUGUUUAAAAUAUUUGUUUUAUAUCUAUUUAUGCAGAGACCUAAAUAAAAG